AUGGCAGAGGGCGACAAAUGCGACAUCACCAUUUGCAGAGGGACUGCGGAUUCUGCAAAGACCUUCACGCUGAGCGUGGGCGGCGUGCUCAGAAUAGGCCGCGGAGUGGCGAAUGACGUCGUUCUGGACUUCGAUGGCGUUUCCGUUUACCAUGCGGAGAUACAUUGUCAGAAAAGUGCAACUGGGCAGCUGCUGUGUAUCCGGGAUGAGUCCCGAAAUGGUACAGCUGUUCGUGCUGGUCCCCAUGCAGAGACACCCAGCAACGCAUGGGAGCCGCUGAAGAAAGGAGCGUUGCGCAUCCUUCCCCACGGCUGGCAGAUCCUAAUGCCGCUAAACAGCCGGAAGAACACCAAGCAGCUUGUUAUUUCGGCGCGGCUGCUGAGCAUCUAUGUUGGCAGCCAAGUCCCUGUCGGCGGGACCGAGGAUAUGGCUUUCCCCCUGCACACGCACAAAGUCUUUUCGGCUGGAAGCGCAGUUCUUCAUCGAAAUGUAAAGCCGCUGCCCGCCGCAUCCGAGCCGGUAGAGGUUGUGGACGAGGAUGACAAGGCAGGGCGCAAAAAGAAGAAGGACAAGAAAGCUAAACGGCAGCCAGCUGAGGAGGAUUCCGAAGGCAAGAGGAAGAAGAAGAAGGACAAGAAGCGGAAGCCUGCAGAGACAGUGGAUGUGGAGGAGCCAGCAGAACUGGGAUAUGCGUGGAAGCGCCGCAAAGAGAAGCGGCGGCUCAAGCAGCCCGAUGAGGGGGAGGCCGCAGACGACGACGAUGAUCAGCAAGGUCCACCGCUGACUUCGGAAGCCCUGCUGCGCCUGCAGCAGGAGUUGGCCGAGAAAGAGCUCCUUGAGAAGGAGCUGGAAGCAGAGCUGGCUGAGGAGCCGCGCCGCCGCCGCGAGAUGCCGGCGGAGUCGGCACAGUACGACUCCACCCACCCUGCGACUGAGCUCCCCCCCGAGUCGACGCACCCCGCCACCGAAAUGCCGGUCGACGAGGAGGAUGACGUGGACAUCGCCGACGACGCAGAGACGCAGCGUGCCUUGCAGAAGGCCAUGGGAGGAUUCGAGGCAGAAGAGGAUGAUGUGGACAUCGCCGAUGACGCGACGACCCAGAGAGCCCUUCUGAAAGCUAUGGGUGGCAGCGAAGCGGAAUCCGAAGUUGAAGCCGCCUGGGACAAGGCCUUAGGCCCGGGAGCGGCCGAAGCCGCCCCGGCGACUGCCGACGCAGAGGUCCCGGGCGAGUCACAGGUGCAACCGGCGGCAGAGGCGACGGCCGAGCCGACGGCAGAAGUGGAGGCGGCGGCUCCAGAGAAGGUGGCCGAAGCUGUUGAGGCCGAGGCGGCUGCCGAAGAGAAGGAGGCGGCUCCUGCAGCGGAGCCGGUUCCGAUUCCGGAGCCAGCAGCAGUGGAGCCCGCGACAUCGGAAGCAGCAGCCGAGUCGGCUGCAGUGGCGGAGGUGGAGGCACCGGAUGCCGAAGCGGCGGCACCUGCGCCCGAGGCCGUGCAGAAGGAGGGCGCGGAAGAGUUUGCUCUACCGGACUUUGCCGAGGCAGCAGCAGAGGCCCUGGCAGCGCAGCCGGAGCCCACGGCAGCAAAGGGAGCAGAGACGACCGGCGAGCCCAAACAUGCUCCAAGCCCAGAGAUCGAAGAGGUGCCAGACGCUAAGCCGAAGGAGGCAGAGCUCGUUGAGCCCGCACCGGUGAUUCAGGAGGUGGAAGCCACCGAGGCCGCACCACCUCAGGAGGGCCCAGCCCUCGCAGAUCAGGAUCGCGUCAGCUCCGUCGGCUCACGAUGUUCCCCAUCGGGCUCCGAGGACGAGGCCGACAAGAUGAGUGUGGCCGGACGCAGCAUCGCCGGCCGCAGCAUUGCAGGACGAAGCAUUGCGGGUCGAAGCAUGGCGGGCCGGAGCGUUGCUGGUCGGAGUAUUGCAGGUGUCAGCAUUGCUGGCUAUGGCCUGCGUGGAAAAAGUGUGGCGGGCAAGAGCAUUGCGGCCAGUGUGGCUGGCGGCUCUGACAGGAGUUACCGCACAACGAUGACCACAAGAGAGAUGCUUGUGGGGGCCAGCCAGAUGCGAGAGAUCAUGAGGAGUGUAUCUCCGAUCUCCGAGCCCGGCGUCCAAGUAAAGCGCAAGAGGCGAAGGCGCCACAUGAUCGACUGGGCCAGUUCCUGCUCUGCAGACAGCGCAGAGGCAGAACGCCGGCGGAAGAGGAAGGAGAAGAAGGAGAAGAAAAAGGCGAAGCUGGAGAAGCGCGUCUCCCUGCAUCCUCGCCACUCGCCGUCGCACUAUGCUGCCCCGUCGCCAACCAUCGAGACCGCCACCGUGCGCCGCAGCCCCGUACCGUCCGUGGCUCCAUCGCACUGGACACAGAAGGAUCCGUCGUUGGCUCCUGACGAGAUGACAGAGCCCCCACCUGAGGUGGAGAAGAAGAAAAAGAAGCCCAAGGAGGGCAAGAAGAAGGGCAAGAAGAAGCCUGUAGCCAGGGACGGCUUGCGCACCAAUUCAGACUUCCCGUGGGAGGCACUCCGGGCGCUGGAUGUGUCGGGUGCUGGCCAGAUACCCUACACCCUCUUCAUCGCCGGGUGCGUGGACCUCGUUGACGACAAGCUGGAUCACAUGCUUUGGAAGGUAUUUGGCAUGGUCGACGAAGACUGCAGUGGAGAGAUGGAGACGGUUGUGCUCAAGUUCCUUUUCAACAUUGGCCAUGUUCAAGCGCCCGGCCGCAGAAUGCGGACGUUGUUGGCUGCUUCUCUCUUGUGGAUGGUCGCUGCGGAAGACGUGGAGCUCGCCCACCUGAAAGAAGAGUUCCAGGCAAUCAAAUCAGAGUUGCGGGAUCGGCUACAAGCCCUCGAUGCCGGCCGCAAAUUGCAGGCAGAGGAGGACAUGCCAUCCGCGGUGGUUGAGCGGCUGUCGUCGGAGUAUGAAGAGCUGCACAAGUUCGAUGAUAGCAUAUCGCGGGUCUUGGACAACCUAUGGUUGUUGAUCUGCGGCACACUCUUGAUGUACAUGCAUGUCGGCUUUGCUCUGGUAGAGACGGGCACUUGCCGAGCCGUCAGUGCUUCUGACACGCUGGUGAAAAAUGUUCUGGGCCUCUGUGCGAGCACAGUUGGGUGGUGGUCUCUGGGCAGUGGACUGGCCAGAGGUGAGCUGUUUGGAGGUUUCUUGGGCACCAGUGGCUUCUUCGGAUCCGACUUAGUCGUGCCGAGCCCUACCGGGCUCGCGGCUGUCUGGACCUGCAAAUCAGGGGGCUGCCCUACGACACUGUCCGUCUGGUUCUUCGAUUGGGCUUGUUGCAGCACGUGUUGCACCAUCGUCUCUGGUGCUGUGCUGGAGCGUGCCCGAAGUUCGACCUAUGCAGUCUUUGCCUUCCUCCUCUCUGGCGUAGUCUACCCCGUGGUGGUGGCCUGGACUUGGGGAGGGGGCUGGCUCUCUGACUUCCUGGAGGUAGGUUACACGGACUUUGCCGGGGGGUGUGUGGUCCACGUGCUUGGCGGAUCUGGUGCUCUCAUGGGGGCCGUCCUCAUGGGCUCCAGACACGACCGCUUUGAGCGACCGCAUGCCUUCGAUCCUCACAACCUUCCACUCUUGGUCCUCGGCACACUCUUCCUUUGGGUAGGCUGGCUCACCUUCAACAUGGGCUCAGUGGGCUCCAUGCACGAUGCCACUUCUGCGGCCUUGGCAGCCCAGAUAGCGGUGAACACCACCCUCGCUGGAUCCAGCGGUGGUCUGGUCGUGUUCCUGUUCCGCUUCAUCACGACAGGAAAGUAUGAUGUGGUGGGCUUGUGUAAUGGAAUAUUGGCUGGUGCAGUCUCCGUGACAGCUGGUUGCGGCAACGUGCACGCCUCCAGUGCUUUAGCCAUGGCUUCAAUCGGAGGUCUCGUCUACUGUGGCUUUUCGCGGCUCUUGCGGAAGAUGCGAAUCGACGAUCCUGUGGAUGCAAGUGCGGUCCAUGGUGCCUGCGGGGUCUGGGGCUCACUGGCAGCAGCACUUUUCGACUGGGGAGGCUUUGAGAACUACCAUGGUCGGAAUGGCUGGAGGUGUCUAUCAGCCGGUUCACGGGAUGACGGGGCCUGCCUGGAAGGAGCUUUUGCUAAGGCCAUGCUAGUACAGCUCCUCUUUCUCUCUUCUGUGAUAGCUUGGACCUCACUGUGGUCCUUCCUUUUUUUUAAACUCUUGAUCCACGUUGCUGGCUUCCGGAUUGAAGACAGCAUCGAGGAGGCUGGGUUGGAUUCGGCCGAGUUGGCCCAGAAGAAAGCUUACUCCCUACAGGAACGGGAGAGUCCCAACUCCUGGCGAGUCUUGUGGUCCUAG